CUUGCUACAGUGUGCAUGUAUGGGUGCCAUGGCAACAAAGGAAACAAACCCACCAGAGUGGGUAAGCAUGGGAAGACAUCACUGUAGGAGUAGGGAGUAUGAGGUAGCUGAGGUUAAAGCUAUAUGAACAAAAAUGUAAAGCAGGGUUUGUUGUGACAUGGAUGACCAAGGAUCAGCUUGUAAUUGUUCAUCAGAUUUCUGAUUCCUAUCAAGAACUCAGGCCAUCUGCAUUGCCACAAGAGGCAUAAUCUGCAUAUUAUAGAUUUAGAAGAUCGAUGCCUUCCGCAAAACUUGAAACCUGAUCCUGUUUAAAGGUCCUUCAAGAAGGACGAGGAGGAGAAGGAGAAGGAGAAGGAGAAGGAAGAAGAGGGCCACAGUACUGUGUGGAGGCAGGAGCAUCAGGACACUGGCUCACUCUCUGUAGUGUCCUGUGCUCUGCAGAGAGAUGGAGCCAUGGCAGGAGGAGGGGGAGAUGCUGAUGAAGAAGAACCAGGAAUGUCAUCCAGAAAAAAGGAAAGCAAAGCUACCCCAGGGGGCAGGAGGUGCCGGCAUAGAACUGCUGCAAGAACAGGAAGCCUCACCUUUCAGGCAUGAAGUGGUACAGACAGAGGGACAUAGUUUCCAGGAUGGAGGUGAGAUGCUAGGGCACGGGGACACCCCAAGCCAAGAGAGUGCAGGUGCCAAGCUACAGCCACAGCCAAAUGGUUUCAGAAGAGAAGGUCCUGCUGACGAAGAGGAGCAGAAGGAAACUGCCAAAGAACAAGACCCAUGGCCCACCCUAGAUGAUACAGUUUUAGGCAAAGAUGGAAGUCCCACAUUCCCAGAAGAAGAGAUGGGCAUAUUUAAAAGACCCAUAAAGAAGGAUGUAUGGCUGACUGCAGAGAGGAGAUAUGAGGAAACCCUGAUGAGGGAACUCUCUGAGAUGGUACAGAAUGUGGUGAAGAGCAGCAGUUGGUGUGAGAGGCAUGGCAUUGAUGACACCAUUAUUGCUUUGAAUUUUCUCGCCCUACCAGUAGGGUUCAUACUUCUGCGAUCAGACAGUCUCUUCCCUUUCCUGUUGGGCCUAAUUAUCCUGGGCAUAGCUCAUCACACGAUAACGGUGAAGGGGAGCCACCUGGCCAGCCACAGAACUCUUGUGGAGUCCAAGUCAUGGGGGAAAUUAUGGGCCGUAUUCUUUAUUGAGGUUUGCUCUGCUUUCACGGCAGAACAGGGCUCCUACAACCACGUGAAAAUCCACCAUGGUUACACAAAUGUCAUUGGUCUGGGGGACUCUAGUACAUGGAAACUUCCUUUCCUGAACAGCUAUAUCUACAUGUUCAUGGCACCUAUAGCUGUACCUAUUAUCACUCCUUUAGUGGCUAUUGGUUUGAUCAAAGAAGUUGAACUGAAGACAGCCAUCCGGACCGUCUGCUGCAUGUUUCUUGGCCUCUACUCCCAUUACUGGCUACUGCGUAAUAUCUCAGGGUUUCAAACUGUGUGGUCCGCUCUCAGCUGCAUGCUGGUCACCCGAUCCCUCCUUGCCCAUCCUUACAUCCAUGUUAACAUCUUCCAGCAUAUAGGCCUCCCAAUGUUCUCAGCUGAUAAAAAACCAAAACGGAUUCACAUGAUGACCCAUGGAGUUCUGAACUUGCCUCGAAAUCCUCUGUUGGACUGGUGCUUUGGGCACUCACUCAUCAACUGUCAUGUGGAGCAUCAUCUCUUUCCAGCACUUUCCGAUCACAUGUGUCUGAAGAUCAAACCAAUUGUUUCCCAAUACUUGAAAGAGAAGAAAUUGCCAUAUAAUGAGGAUUCUUAUCUGUCCCGGUUGAAGUUGUUCCUGGAUAAAUAUGAGGAACUGAUGGUUCAUGCACCACCUAUUACUGAACUUGUUGGGAUUCAGUGACGGCAGUUUUGUGACUCAAAGCCAUAAUAGCCACAAUCAGCUGCUCUUUCCGAGGAUCAAGCAGUUUAGAACCCAAAUUGGGGCUUCAUCAAGCCAUCAAGGAGAUCAGCAUGUCUUUAAUGUUUCCUAGUUGGACAGAUAGGAAUGUGUAGGGAUGCUAAGAAAUUAUCCUUGGAUAAGGAAUUCCAACUUCUUGCUAGGGCCAAAGGGGAAAUCUGUAGCUCCAAUACAACAGGAUCAAGCCA